AUGAACCAACAACCGCAACCACAACUACAACCUCCACUAAUAUAUGGCAACAUGGUGCGAUACAUUAUUGAUGGCGCCGAUUUUAACGACUAUACAACUAUUACUCCAAAUCAAACCGACAUUUUGAUGCUAUUAAUUGAAACUUAUC